UUAAAAAACUCAUAAACCCAUCAAAAAAAUCCCUUAAUAAAUCCUUCACUCGAUCGGUAACCUACAUGCCCCGUCCCCGCGACGGAAGAACACGAAAAGUGACGCUAAUUCCAGGCGACGGAAUCGGUCCAUUGUUAACAGGGGCAGUAGAACGUGUUAUGGAAGCCAUGCAUGCACCAAUUACAUUUGAAAAAUACGAGGUAAAAGGAGAUAUGCAUAAAAUUCCAGAUGGGGUAAUGGAAUCAAUAAAGCAAAAUAAGGUUUGUAUUAAAGGUGGAUUGAUGACACCUGUGGGUGGUGGUGUUAGUUCUUUGAAUGUGUAUUUGAGGAAGGAAUUUGAUCUAUUUGCUUCUUUGGUACAUUGUUUUAAUAUGGAAGGACUUCCUACCCGUCAUAAGGAUGUUGAUAUUGUUGUUAUAAGGGAGAAUACUGAAGGUGAAUAUGCUGGUUUGGAACAUGAGGUUGUUCCUGGUGUUGUUGAGAGUGUUAAGGUAUUAUUAACAAAGUUCAAUUCAGAAUGUAUUGCAAAAUAUGCAUUUGAAUAUGCUUACUUGAACAACAGAAAGAGAGUUACUGCUGUGCAUAAAGCCAACAUCAUGAAACUUGCGGAUGGUCUUUUCUUAGAAUCUUGCCGGGAGAUGGCAGCACACUAUCCUACCAUCGACUAUAGCGAGAUUAUUGUCGACAACUGCUGCAUGCAGCUCGUGUCUAAACCCGAACAGUUCGAUGUGAUGGUUACUCCUAAUCUUUAUGGUAAUUUAGUGUCAAAUGUUGCUGCUGGUAUUGCCGGAGGAACUGGUGUCAUGCCAGGGGGUCUUUUCUACCUUAACUAAAUCUUUACUUUUCUUUUGCUGAUAUGUCUGAUAAGUCGCUAACACAGACUUUCUCACCUUGCAUACUCCUAAGUCCUAAGUCUAUGGUUAGUGAUUACUAUCUUAGCGUGAUUUAAGUCCUAUACAUGACUAACUUUGCUCCAAUUAAACACCAAAUAUAUGCGAAUAACAUGGUUUUUUUUUGGGAUUAUUGAGAUUGAGUUUGAUCAUAUAUAAUUUUUGCACUUGCAACUCAACAAAAAGAAUGCUAAAGCUUUAGUCUCAAAAGAUAAGGUCAAUUAUAUGAACUAAUAGUUCAGUUUCAGUGGUCAAUCCUGUAAGUGUCAACCUUCAUAUUCUUGCUACUCCUGCCCUACAACUAAUCAAUCUUUAUACCCUUUUACACUUGCAACGUGCUCCUACUCCCAUCUAUGGAGAGUUUGGGUGGGUCAGUUAUAUAAUAUACUCAACCUUAUCCUUAUAAUAACUAAAUACUCCGAUCCAAUGUCCUUUACGAUUGAUUUUGAUAUAAUGGAAAAUUAGUAUCAUUUUGGUAGGAAAAUCACCUAACAACGGUACUUGUUUACUUCAAUU